AGAGAAAUACCCCUGUCCUUGGGACGUCGCAAAGUCGGCAGUCCUGUAUACAAGAGUAGCCCGGAUCUAACUAAAGCCUCCACGACAAAGUCAGAGCAGCUUCUGAGGAUCGAUGACCAUGACUUCACUAUGCGACCAGGUUUCGGGGGUCCUGCGGUUCCUGUUGGGGUCGACGUCCAGGUUGAAAGCUUGGAUACAAUUUCAGAAGUUGACAUGGAUUUUACUAUGACCCUCUAUCUGAGGCACUACUGGAAAGAUGAACGCCUGUCGUUCCAAAGCAACAACAACCACAGCAUGACAUUUGACGGCCGCCUGGUGAAGAAAAUCUGGGUUCCUGAUAUGUUCUUCGUCCAUUCCAAGAAGUCCUUCACCCAUGACACCACCACAGAUAACGUCAUGCUGCGGGUUUAUCCAGACGGCAAAGUUCUCUACAGCCUCAGGGUCACGGUCACAGCCAUGUGUAGCAUGGACCUGAGUCGCUUUCCUCUGGAUACACAGACGUGCUCCUUGGAGAUAGAGAGCUAUGCUUAUACAGACGAUGACCUGAUGCUGUACUGGAAGGAAGGAAACGAGUCCUUAAACACAGACGAGAGGAUUUCUCUCUCCCAGUUCCUCAUCCAGGAGUUCCACACCACCACCAAACUGGCCUACUACAGCAGCACAGGCUGGUACAACCGGCUGUACAUCAACUUUACCCUGCGACGUCACAUCUUCUUCUUCCUGCUGCAGACCUACUUCCCCGCUACGCUGAUGGUCAUGCUGUCCUGGGUGUCCUUCUGGAUCGACCGCAGGGCCGUCCCCGCCAGGGUUCCACUAGGUAUAACCACAGUGCUCACCAUGUCUACCAUCAUCACCGGGGUCAACGCCUCCAUGCCGAGGGUCUCCUACAUAAAAGCUGUGGACAUCUACCUCUGGGUCAGUUUCGUCUUCGUCUUCCUGUCAGUGAUAGAGUAUGCCGCAGUCAACUACCUCUCGACACUGCAAGAACGUAAGGAGAGGAAACUUCGGCAAAGGCUGCCCUGUACCUGUGGUUUGUCUCAUCCUGGCAUGAUGUCUGCGAGCUUCAGCGAGGUGGAUGUCAACACCACGGGGAACUAUGGGAUGCCCGAGUUGAACGGGGUGAAACACGAGCGGAUGCUGGUGCAGCUGGCCAUGGAGAGCGACCAGGUCACCGGCCACGUUGGCUCCAGCCCCUACAACAGCAUGUGGAUCGACACGCACGCCAUAGACAAGUACUCGCGGGUCAUCUUUCCCGGAGCCUACGUACUCUUCAACAUCAUAUACUGGUCAAUUUACUCCUAA